GAUCAAAAUGCUGGGAGAACUCUUGCAAGAAUGGUGGCGUAGUGCGACUGGUACUCUUAUCUUGACAAGCCUUCUUCUCUUGUGGCGUCUAUGGGUAUUCAGUCUGAAACCCAAGCUAUGGCCUUCGGAGCCGAAAGAAAUGCCCUACUGGAUACCGUUUAUAGGGCACACAUUCAGUUUCUUCGGGAACUAUGUAAAGCUUAUCGAGGACGGCUUGAAUGCCACCGGCCGCACGCGAGAGCCCUUCGCGAUACAGCUGCUCGGCAAGAAGCUCUACAUCUGCACCUCUCCGGCCGAUGUUUCGGCCAUAUUUGACAACACGGUAGCCUUCAACUUUGACGUACAUUUAACCAACCUUCUCACCAGCUUUGGAAUCUCGAGCGAGGGCCUCAGGCGCUCUUGGCACGAGCCGAAACCCGGCGACUGGUGCUACGUCCCGAAUAACCCCAUCAACCCGAAGCAGAAGUGCCUGAUCCACUGCGUCGAGGAUAUCUACAAGCAACAGCUGCUACCGGGAGAACGCAUGGACAAGUGGUGCCGCACAUUUCUGGACUCGGUGCAAACGUCGCUGCGCGGCGUCGACGACCUCAGGUUCUGCACGACGAAGUUCGACAGCUGUGUCUGGUGCAGCGACUGCACGCCGCGGGACAUCUCCCUGUACUCGCUGGUCUCGCACUUCAACGUGCAGGCCACCACGCGGGCCAUGUUCGGGCCGCACCUCCACGAACUCGACCCGUCGGUCGUGGACCACAUGCUGUCCUUCAACGAGCACGUCUGGAUGGUCGUGUUCCGCUACCCCAACGUCUUCGGCCUCCCGGUCGACGGGCCGCGGCGCAAGCUCAUGGCUGUCAUGAGGGGGUUCGUCCAGCUGCCGCCGGAGAGGCGCGGCGAAACCUCCUGGGCCAUCGCCAGCGUACUCGCCGGCAUGGAGACCGUCGGCAUGGACGUCGAGUCUAAGGCGUCGAUGGUGCUGAUGAUAUACUGGGCCGCCGUGUCCAACGAGCACAACAGCUGCUUCUGGCUGCUCGCCCACCUGCUCUACGACGAGCCACUCCUGGCACGCGUGCGGCGGGAGACCGAGGCGGCGUGGCGCGGCGACCAGCUCGACAUCAAGAGGCUGUGCGCGAGCUGCCCGGCCCUCGACGCGGCCUUUAACGAGGUGCUGCGGCUCAACAACGCCGCGGCCGCGGUGCGGGUGGCGUCGCGGGCGACCGUCGUCAGCGGCAAGGUGCUGCGCGCCGGCGCGACCAUCGUGCUGCCGUUCCGGCAGCUGCACCGGGACGAGACGGUGUGGGGCGCCGACGUGGAGCGCUUCGACGCCGCGCGCUUCCUCAGGAACCGCGCGUGGGCCCGCAGCGCUUCGUUCCGGCCGUUCGGCGGCGGCGCCACGCUCUGCCCCGGCCAGACCCUCGCGCGCCACGAGGUCUUCGGCUUCGUCGCCGUCCUCCUCCGCCGCUUCCGCCUCACCCUCGCCAGGCCCCCCGGCGGCGAGGUGCCUCCCUUCCCGCCGCUCAACUCGGUCACCCCGUCCUUCGGCUUGAACGGCCCCAUGAGGGGCACCGACGUCAUCGUGAACGUCGCCGAGCGGAGCGUGCCGCGCGGGAGGGAAGACGUUCGGACGGACUGA